AUGGGAUGGUAUCAGGGACAGCUAAGUGACAGUGAAGCUCAGGAUGAACAGGUGUCGCCAGAGCACCUUGGCACAGAGGAGGGCCUCAUCAGUGUGAACACCUACCUCUUCAUGAUGCAAGCUCAAGGCAUUCUGAUCCGGGACAACGUGAGAACAAUCGGUGCUCAGGUUUAUGAGCAGGUGCUCCGGAGUGCAUAUGCCAAGAGGAACAGCAGUGUAAAUGACUCAGAUUAUCCUCUUGACUUGAACCACAGUGAAACCUUCCUACAGACCACGACGUUUCUUCCUGAAGACUUCACCUACUUUGCAAACCACACCUGCCCUGAAAGGCUCCCUUCCAUGAAGGGCCCGAUAGACAUAAACAUGAGUGAAAUCGGAAUGGAUGACAUUCAUGAACUUUUCUCCAAAGACCCAGCCAUCAAGCUCGGAGGUCACUGGAAGCCUUCUGAUUGCCUGCCUCGAUGGAAGGUGGCAAUCCUUAUCCCCUUCCGGAACCGCCACGAGCACCUUCCGGUCCUGCUCAGACACCUGAUCCCCAUGCUUCAGCGCCAGCGCCUGCGGUUCGCCUUCUAUGUGGUUGAGCAAGUGGGCACUCAACCCUUUAACCGAGCCAUGCUUUUCAAUGUUGGUUUUCGGGAAGCAAUGAAGGACUUGGACUGGGACUGUCUGAUUUUCCACGAUGUGGAUCAUAUACCAGAAAGCGAUCGCAACUACUAUGGCUGUGGACAGAUGCCGAGGCACUUCGCAACCAAACUGGAUAAAUACAUGUAUCUGCUUCCUUACACUGAGUUCUUCGGUGGCGUGAGCGGCCUGACUGUGGAACAGUUUCAGAAAAUCAAUGGCUUUCCUAAUGCUUUCUGGGGCUGGGGUGGAGAAGACGACGACCUCUGGAACAGGGUGCAGAACGCAGGUUACUCUGUGAGCCGGCCCGAAGGUGACACCGGAAAGUACAAGUCCAUUCCCCAUCACCAUCGAGGAGAAGUCCAGUUCCUUGGAAGGUACGCUCUGCUGAGGAAGUCAAAAGAACGGCAAGGGCUGGAUGGCCUCAACAACCUGAACUACUUCGCAAACGUCACGUACGACGCCUUGUAUAAAAACAUAACUGUCAACCUGACACCCGAGCUGGCUCAGGUGAGCGAGUACUGAGAGCACGUGAGCGAGACCUUUGCCUGACCCACCGCCACCAGGAGAGCAGUCUGCGGCCAGCAGAGGAUGGCAGGUCGCGGAGAACUGGCUGAGCACACGCACAAAACGCCUUCACUGCAGUGCCCCUGGGGAGGGAGGAAGCAGGGACUUCCUCCAUCAGCACUGGCUUUCUGUUUUCACAAGACGGACAUCUGUCCUGCCGCUCUCCUCCCUGUCUCCUGCCCGGCAUCCUGUCUCCACCACGAUCUCCUGAGGCCGUGGUGAGUCGUGAUCUGCCAUGGGCCUGCCACGGAGCCUGUCCCCACGAACCACCUCGGGAGCAGAGGCAGGCCCGGCACAGGGCGGCUGCGUUUCAGGAAGAGCAGAGGAAACUGCACACACCGUUCUUCUACAUCUCUGGUGUUCUCUUUGGUUUCACUUUUUAAAAAAAAAAAAAAAAAAAAAAAUUACCUGCUUUGGGUGGGGAUCAUGGGUGGUAGGGGUGGGAUUCCGGGGAGAUAGGCAUAAAUAUAUAACAAUCACUUCUUGAAGAAGUAUAAUUGUAAAUAAGCCAUGUAAAAUGCCUUUUUUAAAUUUAAUUUUAUAGCUGGCUCCAAUUCAAACCGAGGAUUUAUACAGUAGAUCACUUUCUUGGUUGGCAAAUGCAGGAACUCAGCUAAAACGCAAUUGAGGAAUACCGUCUCCUGAAUGGCUGUCACUUGGGAAGGGGUGGAUAUGAGGGCACAUCACGAAGGAACAAAACAAUCGAGCCCUUAUCACUGAGCGCUGGCUUCCGCCUCUCCUGCCCAGGGUCUUCCAAGCCUGGCUGUCGCCCUUCCCUGGUGGCCAUGGUCGCUCGUCCCAAUCUCUUGCUAUGUGGAGGCUGCUGUCCAGAGCUCACUGCUCUGUCUAUUCAAAGCAGACCUUUCUGGGGGUUCACUGUGCAUUCAUCCCUGACUCUCCAACCUUUUUUGGGGGGUCCG